AUAUGACUCCCAUGCAUCGGGUGGUGAUGAAUUGGAACGCAGGCGCGGACCCAGGGACCACUCCCCCUGCACAGACAUGAGACCAUAGGGGACCUGUUUGGGUGGCCUCAGGAUAGGUGCUCCCCAAGGUGUGAAUGAGGCAGGAUGAACUGGACAGGUUUGUACACCUUGCUCAGUGGUGUGAACCGGCAUUCUACUGCCAUUGGCCGAAUAUGGCUCUCCGUCAUCUUCAUCUUCAGAAUCAUGGUGCUGGUGGUGGCUGCAGAGAGUGUGUGGGGUGACGAGAAGUCUUCCUUCAUCUGCAACACCCUACAGCCUGGCUGUAACAGCGUCUGCUAUGACCACUUUUUCCCCAUUUCCCAUGUGCGUCUGUGGUCACUGCAGCUCAUCUUGGUUUCCACCCCAGCUCUCCUUGUGGCCAUGCAUGUGGCUCACCAGCAGCAUAUAGAGAAGAAAAUUCUGCGGCUUGAGGGCCAUGGGGACCCCCUACACCUGGAGGAGGUGAAGAGGCACAAGGUCCACAUCUCAGGGACACUGUGGUGGACCUAUGUCAUCAGCAUAGUAUUCCGGCUGCUGUUCGAGGCUGUCUUCAUGUAUGUCUUUUAUCUGCUUUACCCUGGCUAUGCCAUGGUACGAUUGGUCAAGUGUGAGGCCUAUCCUUGCCCCAACACAGUGGACUGCUUCGUGUCCCGCCCCACGGAGAAAACCGUCUUCACUGUCUUUAUGUUAGCUGCCUCGGGCAUCUGCAUCAUACUCAACAUGGCUGAGGUGGUGUACCUCAUCAUCCGGGCCUGUGCCCGCCGAGCACAGCGCCGCUCCAAUCCACCCUCCCGCAAGGGCUCGGGCUUUGGCCACCGCCUCUCACCUGAAUACAAGCAGAAUGAGAUCAACAAGCUGCUGAGUGAGCAGGAUGGCUCCCUGAAAGACAUACUGCGCCGUAGCCCAGGCACUGGUGCCGGGCUGACUGAGAAGAGCGACCGCUGCUCAGCCUGCUGAUGGCACAUACCAGGCAACCUCCCAUCCCACCCCCACCUAUUCCUGGUCCUGCUCCUCCUUCUCCCUUCUGCUGCACAGACACCUGCUAGGGGUCACUUUAGGGAUCAUUCUAUCAAAACCUUCCCUCCCUCCCACUUGUCUUCCUCCCAAGGCCUUCUGUCUGAGGGAUUGGAGGGAUGGGGAUCUAAAUGCCACAGAAACCAGUGCUCCAGGUUAAGGGGGGAGGAUGUGGGCAACUCUUGCUGCCUGUAUCCCUUCCUCUUCCCUCUUCUUUCCCUGGGACCACUGGGGACAAGAGAUGAGAUGCUCUGACAGCAUCUCCAAUUAUGAGACUAAUCUUAACCCUGUGCUGUCAGAUACACUAUAGAGUCACUUCAGUGGGAAGGGACGUGGGCAAGUGAAGCAAAGGAAGGGGUGCUGUGGACUUGUGGGAGGAGAAGGGAACGUAGCAAGAACAACAACAACAAAACCCUUUGCUUGCCAAAGGGCACAUCUGGGGUGGGGGAGUUAGAGAGGGAGAAGCAGGCAGAAAAAUUGGAGCAGGAGAUUGGUCAGGGCUGCCUUUACCUUGAGUUCCCAAGGCCUCUCUCUGCCUGAAAUGUUACACAUUAAACAGGAUUUUACAGUAAAUGAGGAGGUGGCUUGUG